AUGUCCACAUCACCACUCACCUUCCGCAAGGCCACGCCCGCCGACGUCCCCGCGCUGCUGGCGCUCGUCAAGUCGGCGUACCGCGGCGAGGACAGCCGGCAGGGGUGGACGACCGAGGCAGACCUCGUCGCGGACGAGCGCAUCGACGAGCCGGGCCUACUCGCCAAGAUCACGGCAACCGGGGGCGCCGUCCUGCUGGCCACCACCGCCACCACCUCUGGGCCCGACACCGCCGCCGAGACCCUGCUCGCCUGCUGCGAGGUCCUCCGCCACCCGGCCCCCAGCGACCUGUCGUACUUUGGCCUGUUCGCCGUCAGCCCCAGGCUGCAGAACGGCGGGAUCGGGAGGAGGAUGCUCGCCGAGGCGGAGAGGUACGCACGACACGACAUGGGCGCCGCAAGAAUGGAGAUGACGGUCGUGUGGCUGCGGGACGAGCUCAUCGCGUGGUACGUGCGGCGGGGCUACGUGGUUGUGGAGGGGGAGAAGAGGCCUUUCCCCUAUGAGAGCCUCGUGAAUGGCAAGGCGUUGAGGGAUGACUUGUAUUUCCUGGUGUUGCGGAAGGAUUUGGUGUAG